AUGGAACGGUACUUUCAGAGAAAGAGUAUAAAUCCUCCUUCAAAUAAUCCGAGUAGUUCAAAUCCUCCCACAAAUAAUCCAGCUAGUUCCAACCCUCCAUCAAAUAAUCCGAGUAGUUCAAAUCCUCCCUCAAAUAAUCCAGCUAGUUCCAACCCUCCUUCAAAUAAUCCAGCUAGUUCAAAUCAACCUUCAAAUAAUCCCCCUACUUCACAUCCUCCCUUGAAUUAUUCGGGUAGUCCAAAACGUUCGCAAGUCACUGAGUUGGAUGAAAUAUUGGCUAAUCUUCCUGCAGACCCUGGACUUAGACCUCCAAUGAAUUAUUAUAAUCCCAAUGUUCGAGAACAAAUUCGAAGAGCCUAUCUACAAAGGGGUCCUUGUCAGCCUAAAAGCCAAAAUGACAUGCCUCAAACACUUAUGGGGGAGAGUAAUCGACGCUUUCUUGUGAAAUGGUUUGAUUCAUUUGUUUGGUUGGAGUAUAGUAAAGAGAAAGAUGCUGCAUUUUGUUUUCAUUGUUAUCUUUUUAAAUGCGACUUUGAUAAACAAGGAAAGGCUGGAAGCGAUGUCUUCACUGAGAAAGGGUUUAAAAAUUGGAGGAAGGGACCCGAGAAUUUUAGGGACCAUGUUGGACAAGUUGGAAGUCUUCACAAUAAAGCUACACAACAUUGUACAGAUUUAAUGAAUCAGAAGCAACACGUUGAAACCAUUGUGAUCAAGCAGACAGACCAAGCUCGUAUUAAUUAUCGCAUUCUAUUAACUGCCGCACUUGAUUGCACUAGAUAUUUAUUGCGACAAGGUCUUCCUUUUCGUGGCCAUGAUGAAAGCGAAACAUCUAGCAAUAAGGGUAAUUAUGUGGAGCUUUUGCAAUUUCUUGCCAAUCAUGAUGAGAAAGUUCGUGCCGUUGUGUUUGAAAACGCUCCAAAGAAUCUCAAGUAUAUUGCUCCUACAAUUCAAAAAGAUCUUAUCAAUUCUUGUGCCGCUGAAACCAUUGAUCUAAUUAUUAGUGAUAUGGACGAUGCAUUCUUUUCUAUAUUAGUAGAUGAAUCACGUGAUGUUUCAAUAAGAGAGCAAAUGGCAGUGGUGUUGCGUUAUGUGAACAAAAAAGGGCAAGUAAUUGAAAGGUUUGUGGGUGUCCAAUAUGUCUCUGAUACAACUAGUAGCAAAUUGAAAGAGGCAAUUGAGCAGUUGAUUUCUUCAACAAAUUUGAGCAUGUCCAGGCUACGAGGACAGGGGUAUGAUGGCGCUAGUAAUAUGAGAGGUGAGCUCAAUGGUCUUAAAACACAGAUUUUGAGAGAAUAUCCUCAAGCAUAUUAUGUCCAUUGUUUUGCACAUCAACUACAACUAGCUCUUGUAGCCGUGGCAAAGGGAAAUGAAAACAUUGCUACUUUCUUCACAACGGCUAGUAGUGUCGUUAAUAUUAUUGGAGCAUCGUGUAAGCGUCGUGAUGCACUUAGAGAGCAACAACAAAAAGAUAUUAUGGAAACUCUUGAAAUUGAUGAUCUUGAAACGGGGCGAGGGUUAAAUCAAGAGACUACUCUCAAACGUCCUUGUGAUACACGUUGGAACUCACAUUAUGAUACUUUACUUAGUAUUAAUAUUAUGUUUCAUCCCGUGGUGAAGGUGCUUGAAUGGAUUGUUGAUGAUGUCAACCAAGAUAAUUUAGGUGAAGCAAAUAGGUUGUUGAAAGAAAUACAAACUUUUGACUUUGUGUUUCACUUAUAUUUGAUGAGAUUUAUAUUGGGAAUCACAAAUGAUUUAUCAAAGGCAUUACAAAAGAAAGAUCAAGAUAUUGUGAAUGCGAUGAUGUUGGUCCAAAGAUGUAAGCAAAAGCUACAAUCCGUGAGGGAUGAUGACUUUGAUGAUUUGCUCAGGGAAGUAUCAAUAUUUUGUGGUAAAAAUGAUAUUGACGUUCCUAACAUGGAUGAUUUAUUUGUACCACAAGGGAGAUCAAGACGUAAAGCUCAGAAAAUCACAAACCGCCAGUAUUAUCGUGUGGAUUUAUUUCUUACUAUCAUUGAUAAGCAACUAGUGGAAUUGAAUAAUCGCUUUACUGAGGUAAAUACUGAAUUGCUUCUUUGUAUGGCAUGUUUGAGUCCGGCUUAUAAUUUUGCAGCUUUUGACAAACAGAAAAUACUUCGUUUUGCUAAAUUUUACCCUCAAGAAUUUAAUGACCGAGAUCUCAUGAAGCUUGAAGAUCAACUUGGGCUUUAUAUUGUUGAUAUGCAGAGCAUCACAGAGUUUUCAUCAUUGAACGGAAUUACUGAUCUGGCAGAAAAAUUGGUGAAUACAGGAAGGAGUAGAAUAUACAACUAUGUGUAUUUACUUCUUACAUUGGCUUUAGUUUUACCCGUUGCAACUGCUUCGGUUGAGAGAGCUUUUUCAGCUAUGAAUAUUGUGAAAACACCAUUGCGUAACAAAAUGGGGAAUCAAUGGUUGAGUGAUAGCUUGGUUGUUUACAUUGAGAAAGAUGUUUUUUCUUGUAUUAGUAAUGCAAAUAUAAUGCGACGUUUUCAUGAUAUGAAACCUCGUCGGCAACAAUUGUAG